AUGGCUAGAGACACCAGCAGUAUCAUGCUCGCGUCGCCGUGGACUUUUAACCCUGACGCGAACUUUACUGUCGAAGGUUACAAAGUAGAAGAUGCAAAAGUCAAGGUCUUGAUGAAGAUGAAAGACUUUGUCCAAACGGACAUUGCGAGAUCUCUGAAUGUCAGAUCAGCGAACCUCUGUCAACAUCGCGUCAUGUUUUCUGACUGUCUGUCCCAGGUUCCUCGCAUUCGCACCGCCGAGACCCCCCAGAUCAUUGAUCAUUCCGAUGAUCAAGUCCAAAGUGACAUCCUCACCACAUUGGACAUACAUAUCUUAGACCUUCCUGUCGACGAGCCGAGUAUCCCCGUGACCGAAACCUGGAAGUCGCAGCAUGACCAGCUGGGACAUAAUCCGUCCUCCCACACCCCCCUCUUGAAAGAAAUUGGAAAUGCAACAAACACAGAAAUAACCUUGAACUUCGAUUCGAAAAAUAUCCAAGUGUCUGGUGAUACUGCAGCACAUGUGCAGCAAGCCUUGAAUAGUCUCUCAAACUUGGAUACUGCUAUGAUGCUUACUCGACGCGAUCCUAAAAGCUACACCCACCAUCUAGCUCCUUCUUCGAAUUCCACUCAAGAUCUUAGAGCGGUUCCAUACGCGGAGCAUCCGGCUACAAAAAUGAUGCAGAACUUAGCCUCAGAAGAUGAAUGGAAUAAAAUUUCGAGCAUGGUAUCUGUAAUGGCGGCCGAGCUACCUCCUUCUACCGUCCCAAACGACCCGAGUGAGUCUCGCUACUGGAAGAACUACCAAUUUACUGGGUUUGGGACGAACCCAUCCGUCGAGCCCCAGCCAAGUAUCCCGAGGUCGUCAGGGUCGAGCGAGACAAACAAGAACUCGGAUCCUUCCAAUGGCAGCGAUGGGUUGUCCGUGGAAAAAGCCGAAGAAGAUAGCCCUCAUCCGCCGGUUGAGAAGACGCCAGUUGAAAAGGCUGCACGAGUGGCUGAAUGGGUCCAUCACAAUCAUGAAGCCAAGAACACAAACUCCCUCCUCAUCGAUUUCGACGAAAUCGAGAAGCCGGAGCGUCGACCUACAAGACACCCCGAGGAUAAUGUCGAGAGUAUUCCCGGGCUCUUGAGAAGAAAGGUCAAGGUAGUCCCGAAGCCUGUGAAGCCGGUCACUGCACAGGAGGGAAAGUCUCUGCUGGACUCCAUGGACCACUGGACUGUAUUGCAACCACAGGUUCACCGCACAAUGGCCCAAAAGAGCGCAUCGUCAACUGAAGCAGGAUCGGGUCCGAGCUCAAAACAGCUCACCCUAGAAGACUGUUGGCGCCGGAGUCCUGCUCUCUCAAAGGUGAAAACGGAAAACACCACAACAAACCCGCAGAAGGAAACCAUUGCAGCGGCCAAGGUUAACACUGUUGAAGAAAAGAUAGAUACAUUGUCUCUACAUAAGACCCCAAACUCCUCGAUCAUCCAAGCAAGACAGUUCCUUUCCAGCGUUCAAGACAAUCACCAGAAGAAGAUCUCUCGCCGCAAAGAUGCGGAGAAAAUCCAAGAAGUCUUUCAUGGCCUGAAGCCAUUUCUCACAAAGGCCAGGUGUUUUCCGGGUGCCCUGAAACUGGAAAUCUGCUUCGGCUUGAUCAUCCUGAACUCUUUCCCAACAGGCCAUGUGGAAGAAGAAGACUAUCUGUCUGUGGAAGACUGGAAUAAUGCCUUUCGCGCAAGGAACAAUCUUCAGUAUCCGUUUUGGAUGUGGAAGAAACUUACCUCUUCUGGCCAGGAUGCAGAUUCUCUUAUCGAUCUGAAGUGGUCUGACGAUAAUACGCGCAGGAUGUUUGAACAGGCUCCUGCCGACAGGGAAGUCACAUACGAGUUUCACUGCAGAUGCGGAAACGGCGGUCUUUUCAUUAUUGCCUUGGAUGAAGACGGCACUGCAAACAUCCACCGACCUGAAUACACACUUGGGACUUCGGCCAUCCACUCGCCGCACACUGUCUGGGAUACCAGUGUUCUUCUGAGAGGAUUCCUGAAAUAUCGACAAGGACGAGAUAUCGCACUCGACAAAGCUAUUGAAGCCUUUGUCGACGGUAUCUACUUGAAAUCAGCCAAAGCCUUGUAUGUCCGCUGCACUGAGCCCGCAGACGGCUCAUUCUCUGUUGAAAAGAUCCUGCUAAAGCGGACCACACGCCACCGACACCUGCCCCUGAACAGCACCCUGUCAUCCGAUCUGAUGCUCCAAGUGACCGAAGUUCAACAAUUCCUCAUUGGGCGAAAUAUGAGCCACUUGAAGAUGAUUCGUGGCCGAAUCGAUCUUCAGAGACGCACAGAAUGGGCAGCAAAGAAAAACAUCUGGUUCGAGGCGUCUAUUGUCAGCGGCACCAUUGAAAAGUUGCUACAGGCAAAUUCCAACCUCACCACGGGGCAAAGGACAGAUGAAUGGGAUGCCCCCGAUCUCCUCGGUGAUGAAGUCGAUUUGGCAGGUGCUACUUUGAAUUACGAUACCAAUCCAGUCGCCGAAGCUGUUGGCAGUGCUAGUCUCGGAAACAUGUUACGACUAGGAAGAACUGUGUUGAGUCAGAUGAAGAUUGGCAAGUAG